AUGGGUCCUAUUCUGCCGGGUAGCAUGACACGGCCCUCUUUCGAGGUGCGUGAUAUGAGUCGUGCAGAGCUGCCCAACUUCCGCACUUCGAUUGGCGAGGAGGUGAAAAGCAGCCAAUUAAAAGGUAGGACAAGCGCCUCUCGUCUUGGUUUCAACUGUCGAAUGAAGUUAUUCUGUUUCAGGCAUCGGUCGCGUAACUCGAGCAGAGAUCCAAUACCAUCAAUUUCAGAUGUCGGGGUAUUUUUAUCAAACAAUCUUAACCCCUGA